GAAAAGAAUUUCACACGGUAACAGAGAUGGAUCCUUCAUUGUAACAGUGGUUAGGCAAGCACCCCCAUUUAGGAACCACUGAGGAAUCCUUAAGCCAGCAGUGCAUCAUAUUUCCUCACAGUGGCACAGGUUAAGUGGAAAGGUGUGUUAUUUUCAUGAGCAGUCUUGUUUUUCCUCAUUUAAACAGAGCAGAACACCUCACAGAGAGUGGCUCCUCCCACUUCCGGCUCACCUGAAUAUAAGCACACCUGCAGCAUCAGUAGCCAGUUACUUCCCUUCUUCUGGAUCUCAGUUUGACUCGACCUAAAGAAUCCCCUGGCACCCAUCAUGGCAUCCAGCAUCUCAGUGAGAAGCUACUCUGUGAACCGACAGCCCUCUUUUUCCACUCGUUCCCUAAUGGACACCAACCGAAGCCGCUCGCGCGCCUCAGUAUCCUUCGCCACCGCCAGCCCGCUGAGUCGUUCAGCCUCCAUCGGCCAGGAUCUCAACGGGCCAAACAGCCUCCAACUUAAUGGACUGCAUGGCAACAGCACCAACGAAAAGGAGGCCAUGCAGAGUCUGAAUACCCGUUUGGCCAACUACCUGGAUAAGGUGCGCUCACUGGAACGUUCCAACGCUGACCUGGAAGCGAAAAUUAAGCAGCUGAUGAUCGAGCGCAUUCCCAAAGGCCAUGAUCUCGACUCCAUGAUGGCCCAAGCCCAUGCUGUGGAGCAGGAGGUGAGGAAGAGGACCUUGGAAAAUGCUCGUCUCAUGCUGGAGAUCGAUAAUGCUAAGUUGGCUGCUGAUGACUUCAGAAUAAAGUGGGAGACGGAGAUGGUGAUGUGUCAGUCUGUGGAGCGAGACUGCAUUGCCCUGAAAAAGGCCAAGACUGACCACGAACAGAUCAUUGCCUCUCUGAGGGGAGACUUGGACAGCCUCAAAGAGGAGCUUUAUUUCCUCAAGAAAAACCAUGAGGAGGAACUUGAGCAGGUAAGGUCUCGCAUCGCCAGGGAUGAAGUGAACGUGGAGGUGGACUCGGCCACUGGGCCAGAACUGGGCACCAUUCUGUCAGAGCUGCGCUCCCAGUAUGAAGGGAUUGUCAGGAAGAACAAGGAGCAGACCGAGCAGUGGUAUCGCAAGAAGUUGGAGACAGUGCAGAAUGAGGUAAGAGAGAGCAAUGAAGCACUAAGAGGAGCUCAGGGAGAGCUGACUGAGAGGCAGCGCUUCCUGCAGACCCUGGAAGUGGAGCUGGACAGCCUUCACAAGCAGAUAGCAGCUCUGGAAGGAAAUCUGGCCGAGACCGGCCAGAAAUAUUCUACUGAAAUGGAGCGCCUGCAGGUCACCCUGAGCCAGCUGGAGGAUGACCUCUCCCAGCUCAGGCUGGACAUGCAGCGCACCAAAACUGACUAUGAGCAGCUUCUCCGCAUCAAACAGAACCUGGAGAUGGAGAUCGCCACGUACAGGCGCCUGCUAGAAGGAGAAGAAGCAGCCAAAGAGGUUCCUCCCCCACCUAAAAGAGAACCUGAUGUCCGCACCAGGAAGAUUGUGAAAGUGGUGACUCAGACUAUGGUGAAUGGCAAAGUGGUGGAUGAGUCCAGCGAGGUGGAGCAAAUUGAAGAGUCAAAGAAAUAGAAGUGGAGACACAACUGAGGCUGAAAGAGAUGUUCUUCUUUUUACAUAGCAAUAAAAGGCAAUGUAUUUUAGGAGCUCAAGGGUAAAGGAAAAAAAUGUUGACAGAAAUAUACAUGGAGCAUUAGCAUUCCAUUCUAUUGAAAACUGUCUUUCACCUGGGUCUGUUGAUGUGUUGCUGUAUUUUUCAGACUAUAAGUUCCUCUGGAGUAUAAGUCACAGAUGGCAAAAAAUGCAUAGUAAAGAAGAAAAAAAUCAUAUGACGCACUUUUGGGAAAAAUUUAUUUGACAAAACAUGGGAACAAGAACGGACAUUUCAUCUUGAAAGACAAAUAGAUAACAAUAAUAGACUGAAUAUAUGCACGCUUUACUACCGAAACUCUAUGUAGUUUAUGAAACACAGAAGGAACUGAAUAAGUCUCUAGUCGCGUAAUAUAUAAACAAUUAUUAAGAUAAGAAUGAAGAACAUAUAACAAAUCAACCAAACUCUUUAUAUCACUUUAAAUUACUAAGUUAAUUGAAUUCUUCAUCAUUUGUGUUGUUUUGGACCAACUCCACUUAGGCCGGCGCUUCUUCAGCAAUGCAAAAAAAUGACACGCACCUACAAUGCCCUGUAGAGGUUGUUGUUGGGAAACUAAUGAACACAUGAGACUUUUCUUUUUUACACACAUAUAAGUCGCACCCUCAGCCAAACUAUGCAAAAAUCCACAGCUUAUUCUCCAAUAAAUACAGUAGUUUGUCAUUAUCACUGACGCUUUUGUAGCCGUGCAUGUGUUUGUUUUGGUUGGAUGUAGGUCUCUAGUAGGAGUGAACAGAGUGUACUGAUAAAUACCUGUGUGUGUAGAACAUUUAGAAUCCUUAUUCCUGUAAUUUUGUCUUCACUAUAUAAAACCUUUUAUUUCCCAC